CCAGAGCCGUAAAGCCAUUAUUAGCCAGUUAAAAAAACAGUCGUAAAAAUAAAAAUACAGAUUUUGUUUUGAGCCGAAUAAGAGAAACAAAUAUUUUAAAGUAAUAAUGAAACAGUUAAAAAAUGCAGAUGCGGAGCGCUUAAAUCCAUGUUUAAAGGAGCAAGAAAAGUCGUAUCAGUGUCUUAAUAAAAACGGAUUUGAUCGCGAAAAGUGUGAACCCUAUUUUGAUAACUAUAACACCUGUAAGAAAUUCUGGGGUAAAGUGACAAAAGACAGGAGAGCCAGAGGUAUAGUGCCAUAUUUACCUGAUGUUGAAGACAGGGAGAAAAUAAAAGCAGAAUAUGUUCAGAAGAUGGGAGGAAAAACUAAUCAAUAAAUAAUAAUCCAAUUAUACUAAUGGUUUAUGAAAUGUGUGGUUGUACUAUGAAUUCUGUCCAAGAAAGAAACAAGAUGUUUGAAAUUAGAGCCUUAUUUAAUUUCACUUGUUUUGUAACUUUGUAGUAUUUGGAUUUAUAUUGAGUGAAUAGAUAGGCAAAUCUGAUAUUAGCUUUUAGGCUAUUAUGACAGUUGGUCUGUUUAUGCAUAACACUAAAGCUGAGGUCAGACUGCUCAUACUUAAGGGCUUAUACACAAAACUGUGAUGUGUCACAUUGAAAAACCUGCCAGCUCGCACGUCGCGUCGCAAGAACUUGCGAAUUGAUUCGCAUCAAAUUCGAAGGAAUUGUCACCUUAUCGUGGAAGGGAAACGCCUUGCCUCACAUAAUCACAUCGCAGCAAUUCGUGUCACAUCUUUCUGCGUUGCGAAUACGCAUCGCGUCGCAUCACAGUUUUGUGUACAGUCCCUUAGAUGCAAGAUGUUGUAAGUCUUAGCAAAGUCAAAGUAUGCGCUCCAGUAGUCUGGUUAUUAUUUUGUUUUCUAUGUAGCAAUAUCAGGUAUUGAAAACAUAUCCAGCACACAAUUUUUUUCAACAGCAAUAUUGUUGUCACCACAGAUUAGGCAACAUACACUAAAAUUUUAGAACCAUUGAUGUUGGAAGAGCCGGUUGGUUGGUUCAGGACCAUCAAUAUUCUUACAUAAUCUUACAAAUAUAUCAAAAUGAUAGCAUUAUAAGUAUCAAUAUCUUUUCGCACUGCUGACAUCCCUAUUGUAUAUAACAUAGACUCUACAUAAUUUAGAUGUCAGAAGAAUUCUGAUCUCAGCCUCAAACUACUAGAAUGUUAAGACCAAUUAUUCACAGCUGUUGCAUAGUAAACAUACCUUGUCACAUUACAUACUUUUCCAAAUUAGAUCAAAAUCGGUUCAGUAGAAUUUGAGACCACACAGGGGUGAGACAGAGGGCAAAACUAGUAAGUAUGUAAUAUAUUAUUUCUUAUAUACUAAGUAAUAAUUAAAUAGAUAUACAGUAAAAUUGUGGCUUAUUCUAUUGUACCCAAUCUGUAAACUAAAUUGACAGGUUCAAAUCUAGUGUCAUCCUUUUCCACAGGCUGUAUUAUGAAAGGUAUAGUUUUAGUUAAGAGGUUUGUGUAUAACAGAAUUAGCCACAUGUGUGUAGCUAAUAUUUAAUUUAGUUUAUUGUUUGCAUUUCAUUAAUGUUAAAGGCUGAUGUGUAAAAAAGUACCACCUUAAGAAAUAUUAUAAUAGUAAUUUACUACUAUUUUACUUACUACCUCAUUAGUAAUUUAUGAAAAGGGUGCAUAAUAGGGGUUAUUAUUUGAAACACAAGUUUAAGAACCUAGCGAGGUUUUUGAUAGUGUCACACCUGAGAACUAAUUAUGUGCAUUUUCCUACACUACCUACUGUAUCUAAAUUCUUAGCGAAAAAUUCGUAAGUCUAUGUUCUAACCCAUAUCUCAAAAUCAUAAAAUCGUAAGUAACAUGUUUUGUCGUAAGCUUUUCUUGAGAUUGCUUGCAAAAGAUUGUUUCUGGUUUUUGUUGCUGAUUUUACUGAAUGUCAGAUGGAGUCAAAUUCUGCAGUUUUUUGUAAAUACCACACAGACAAUUUAGGGUUUUACGAUAUGAGCGUAGACUAAUCACCUUAUACCUAUACCCUAUAGUAUUUUACUGUGUGUUUGUAUAUUUAUACAGUAUUGUAAAUACUUUUAUUUUAUGCACAAUAAAUUACAAUUAAUAUUGGGUAUCAUUUUUUUUUCUUCAACCUUCCGUGGUAUUUAAUAUAUUAAACAAAAAUGGGGAUAAUCAAAAAAUAAAACAAAUAAUUUCUUUCUUAGUAGGUAUUAUAUUGUCACAUGAUAGUGUUUAGUGAGAAGCAAUGACAUGCCAGUCUGUGUAAAAGCGAUUAUCUAGCUAAGAGCUAACUAAGCUAUCACAAUCAAGGCAAAUUGGGAAGAACAUGUUCCAUAAUACAACCAACUAGACGCUAGAAGGAUUUUUACAAUAGCACAGAUU